AUGUUUAAAUAUUCAAAUUAGGAAUACUAAAAAAAAACUUUAGCCACAGGAGACAUAGAUCCUUAUAAUUACAAUAGGGCUGCAGGAGAUGGUUAUUCUUAAAAUUAGUCUUAUAAUCAUUUACCAACUUAAGGAAAUUUACACAACUAAAGUGUUUAAUAUGCAACAUCUAAUGCCUACUUUUGUGAAGAACACAAUGACCCAGUGACAAAUUACUGUGCUAAUUUAGACUGUUUGAGACCACUAUGUCCUGAUUGUAUAGAUGCACACUACAAAUACCAUCUUUAAUCAUCAACUAUUCCAUAAAUUGAAUCAAUAAAAAAUAUGAAGAUUAAUUGUUCAAAAAAAGUCGAUGCAGCUAUUCAAUCACUCUAAAAAGAAAUGAACGACUGUGAACUUAAAUAUCUAAUUGAUCCUGAACAAGUUAUCAAUGAAGGAGUAGCAAAGAUAAAUCAUACUAAAGAAAAAGUUCUUCUAAUGGUCCGCAAGUUUUUUGAGAUGCAAGAAGAUAUUUAUAUUAAAAGAGUGAAUGAAAAUCUACUUCGCUCAGGUGACUUUACUUCAAUUUUUGAAAAAAUAAAUACAUUAAUUAACGAACUGGAUUAAUUGAGAUAUUCUCUUGAAGGCAAUAGCUUCCUCUCUUCAAUAAAUAGAAUAUGUCGCUUAGAUUUGAUAUCGUUGAGAGAUAAAUUUAAAUCAGAUAUUCAUAAAAUAGUGUAAUAGAGAGAUUUAGAGCCUGUUUAAGUUCUCAUCGAUGACCAGAAAGUUAUGUAAAUUAAAUAAGAUCUUGACUAAACAGUUAUAAUGGCAAAGUAAAGUGACUAGUAAAAUCGCUUUAGUAACUAGUAAAACAUACUUGCAAAGCAAUCAAAUGUAUUUUAACAAGUAAAUGAUAUUCAUAAUCAAAGUUAUAGAAUUGCCAAUGAUCUUGCUGGAAUUAGCCCAUUGAAAGGCACCAAUUCCAAUUUCAACUCUACUGCUCCACCCUUAGCUGGAAAAGGUCCUAGAGAAACUAUAGAAAUUCAUACUGCAGAUUACUUCGAUGAGAGUUGUAAAAGAAAAAAUUUACAUUUUUUCAUCUACGAUCAAGAUAACAAAAGUUGCAAGCUAAUUUAUCUUGAUUUGAAUGGAAAUAAAUAGUUCUAAAUAAUUAAUAUUGAUGUAGAUUUCCCACUACCUGCUUUCCAUAAAUCAAUAUCUCUUCCUGAUGGUGAGAUAUAUCUGAUUGGAGGUACAAAGCCUGAUAAAACAAAGUCUAAUGCCAUAUAUCGCUAUGAUCCUUCAAAUAAGAAAUUAGUUAAAGAAAGUGAUGGUAUGAAGGAAGGAAGAAGUAGUUUCGGAGUAUGUAUAUUGAGAAAUUGCAUUUAUGUGAUUGGUGGUAUAGGAAAUAAUGGUUAAUACUUAAAUUCAUGUGAAAGAUAUAAUCUUAAGUCAAAAAAAUGGGAAACAGUCAGUUAAGUAAACUAAGCAAGUGCAUCAUUUUCUUGCACAUCUUUUAACAACAGGUUUAUUUAUAAAUUUGGAGGAAAUCGUGAAGAUAAAUCACUCUUAAGAACAAUUGAAAAAUACGACGUUAUGUAAAAUAAAUGGUAUAUCAUCAAUAUACAAAAUUAAAACACCGUUCCUUAAUUCUUAACUAAUUCUUCCUGUGUUUAAAUCAAUUAAAAUGAGAUAUUUGUAUUUGGUGGUUACGAUGAUUAAAACAGUCCUUCUAAUGCUUCAUUUAUUUUGUAAAUAGUUGAGACUAAGGAUCCAUAAUAGUCAGGAGCAAUAACCAAAGAAGAAAAUUAUGUUUACACAAUUCAAAAAAUUAAUGCAUAACCUCUUCCAAUCCCAGAAGGAUUUACCAACCCCUAAUCAAUUAUUUUAAAUAACACUAUUUAUGCAAUUUAAGAUUUCCCAAGCAGCAAUUCAAAUGAGCUUGAUGAUAAUAAAAGAUAGAUUUUAUAAUUUAAUGGAAAACAAUGGACUCUAAUAAGAGAUUCAUGA